UAUGGAGUGUGCUACCUUCCUCGAGCAUUCAUUCCACGGCAAGCCCACACCUCGUGUGUAAAUGCGUAUGCUUUCGUCAGCUGCUCUCGUGAUAAGUUUUGCUGCAUUUUUCGGGAACAAGUUUCUGAGCAGAAUUCCAUUCUGGAGCAAUGGAAACUGAAGAUUUGUAUUGGUUUUCAUUUAUCUUGGUGACUAUUGUAGGAUUCUACACGUUCAAACUUUUAACGAAGAAUAGACACUUCUUCCGGGUCAGAGGUGUUCCUUUCGAGAAGCCGCAUUUCAUCUAUGGAAACUUGGGCGAUGUUGUUAGAGGAAAGCUGUCGUCGGUGGAACUGAUUGCGGAUUUCUAUCAGAAGUUUAAGAACGAUAGGAUCUUUGGUUUCUUCAACUACCUCAGUCCGGUGUACUACAUUCGUGAUCCGGAGACCAUACGUAAGCUGUGGAUUCAUGAAUUUGACUCUUUCACCAACCACGCAUACUUCCUGGAUGAAACGAAAGACCCUAUCCUAGGAAAUCAGCUGCACCUUUUGAAGGACAUAAAAUGGCGUCAGAUGAGACACACCCUUACUCCGGUGUUUGCUGCAUCGAACGUAGCUCUCAUGAGCUCACUUAUUCGAACCAAUUCAUUGGACCUAGUGGACCACCUGAAGGCUUCCGUCGAGCCCGAGUUGGAGUUCAAAGCAAUAUUUCAGAAAUACGCCUUCAAUGUUAUUGCUAGCUGUGCCUUCGGUUUGGAGCUUAACACAUUCAAAGACGAGUCCAACAGAUUCUGCACGUAUGGAAGUGCACUUGUAUUCGGGAACAAUCCAGUUCAAACUCUGAAAACAAUGAUGUUCUAUCUGUUCCCGAAGUGGACGGCACAGAUGAAAAUCCGCCUGAUGGAAGAUGAGCAUGCAGCCUAUUUCAUGAAUCUGAUCGGAUCCACCAUUACCGAGCGGGAGAUGAAAAAUCAAACCCGUCCGGAUGUGAUACAAAUGUUGCACCAAGCAAACAAAGGAGAGCUCAAGACUGAAGCCGAAGAAGACGAAGUUCUUCAGAUGAAGGACUUCUCAAAGCACAAAUGGAACCAAGAGGAGCUGAUUGCACAAUGCAUUGCUUUUUUCGGUAGUGGAUUCGAAAUGUUGGUUAACCUCUUGUCGUUCGCUACCUACGAACUUGCUGCGAAUCCCGACGUCCAACAAAAAAUUCUAGCAGAAAUCGAAAGCACGCUCAAACAAAACCCAGUCGUAUACGAAACAGUGGAGAACUUACCCUACUUGGAGAUGGUGGUGAGCGAAACGCUUCGCAAGUGGCCCGCGUCUCCUUCCGUGGAUAGGGAGUGCUCCAAGGACUACCUGCUGGAGGACGGAGGCUGCCGGGUGCAGUUCCGGAAGGGCGAUACCUUGUGGGUUUCCAUUUGGGCGUUGCAUCGCGACGAGCAGUACUUCCCGGACCCGGAGCGCUUUGACCCGGAACGAUUCAGUGUGACGAAUAAGGCCAAAAUUAAACCGUGCACGUACAUUCCUUACGGUGUUGGACCGCGUAAUUGCAUUGGUAUGCGUUUGGCGUCACUAGUGACAAAAAUAACUUUGGUGGACCUGGUAAGGAACUUUAAGCUUGAAUUGGGCUCACGAAUUGCGCAACCAUUUCGCUUGUCCAAAACUUCGUACUCCAUGGAACCGGAGGGUGGAUUCUGGUUGCAGAAGACUCCUCGAUGACUCGACAAUCUCGUUUACAAGUAUUAUUCGCUACGUAGUGAAGUUAGUAGGAAAUCGGAAUAAAAUCAUUUCGAUAAAACAUA